ACAUUAAGUUUCAGUAAAAUGGCUAUUCAGAAGAUGUCUGAGUCGGUGUAUAUGGGAAUGUGUCUCGAGAUGGGGACCCCACAACAGGUGGCCUCCAGGAGAGAUAUAGUGGACAUUGCAGAGAUGUUGAAAUACAACGAAAUGUUAAAUAAACCGAUCACAGUGCUGAGUGGGAGUAGCAGAGAAGGAUUUAGAUUGAGUGGAUCAGACGUGGACUACAUGCGUUGGCCCAACAACCACCGCGUGAUCUGGGACUUCUCUCAGGUACAGUUUUACAACACACAAGAACACGCACUAAUUCUCUGUGACAGUUCAGAGAGUCCACCAGGAUUCACUUUACUAUGGUUACCAUUAGAAAGUAUUGGCCGUAUCGUAUUGUCAGCGUGUGUGAGGAUGAAUGGAAUGCUCUAUAUAUCAAGUUCAAAGUACAGAGAGGUCACGUGUUCCAUUAUUUUGUCUGAUUCUACAGCACACGGACCAUGUAGUAGUGGGAUACAUCGUGAAUGUGGUUGUGAAUUAGAAUACGACCAUGCCCAUUGCUUUGUCAGUGAUUUCUGGCCUCCGUCUGCCUCCUCGUGGAUAGACAGGUGUCACUCAUGGCCCCCGCCUCAUGUAGUUAACGACAUUAUUAGAAAUGGGUGUCACUUUGUAGCUAUCGGACACAAAUUAGGAAAUCAUACCGACAACGAAUGGAGAAUUUCGUUUUCUCGGGCGGAAUACAAACUUGUAUGUUCAAUGAAUCACACACAAUUCUUAACAUAUGGUUUGCUAAAACUAUUCUUAAAGGAAGUCAUUAAUAAUGGAUUAAGAGUUGGAGAUAAACUACUGUGUUCCUAUCACAUAAAAACUGCUGUUUUCUGGGCGAUUCAACAAAAUGCUCUACCUCACUGGCAUCCAAACAAUCUCCUGGUCGGUUUCUGGGUCUGCUUUAAACGUCUACUUAAAUGGGUGUAUGAGGGAAACUGUCCUAAUUUUUUUAUUCCAGAAAACAACAUGUUUCUGAACAAUAUCUAUGGUGAAGCACAAAGGACAUUAUUCACACGUCUAUAUAGAUUGUAUGAGAAGGGUAUAGCAUUGCUGCUACACAGUCGCUCCAUCAGGUCCUACAUCAUUAAUGUUUUGGUUAAUCCCAGACUCACUGUUUGUACCGUUGGACUCAGUCUGAUUUCGGAGGUUGAACUUGAUAAAAAUAUUUUUAAUGAAAUGUUUAGAAAUGAUUCAACCUGCCCAACUGACCUACGGAUGUGCAGAAAGUACCUACAUACUGUGGAACAGUCAAUAGGUUUACCCCUAACACAAUAUCACAUUGUCAUGUUACAGAAAUUUACAGCCACCAUCCUUCAGCGUACCGCGUUUAUGUUACACAACUUGUACAAUAACACAGGUUCUAACAAACAGUUGUAUAUUGUAGACAAGAUGGCUUGUCACAUGCUGAAAAUAGCUGCUAGGUUUGGGUCUGUGUCUGACAUGUUAUACAUUGCCAUGUAUUAUUACAAAACAUUCAGAUACAGGGAAGCUUUAUCAGUUAUAGAUAUAACAAAGGUCAAGCUAGCACAGCCAUAUCUGAUGUAUAAUUGUCAUGUAGACAGAGAGUGGUAUAUUGAGGCUGUAGGGGGGCAGUCCUUGUCUACGAAGAUGAGACAGGCUGUAGCACAGAAUAUCAUACUUGACAAUGACAAUGAAAUCUUUUUUAUCAGUGAAAUAAUACCAGAACAACAGUCUAGUAAUCAAAACAAUGAGCGUGUCUUGUUUAUUCCACCCCUCGUACUGUUGUAUUUGCUAGAGUUUUUGUGCUCUAGACAUGUCGAUACACUGAAAGCACAGAGAGCUUUAGAUGAUCUACAGGUCCUAGUCCACCAUGAUCAGGGAGAGUUAAUACCUAUAUUCCUCAGAGACAUCUCCUGGGAGAUCCUGGGGAUCUGUCAACAGAUCGCGGGGAACCUCCAGGCUGCCUUGUACUCAUACCAACAGUCACUCGGAGAAUAUCCAUGCAAUAGAAUACAAACUGCUACCAGACAGAGAAUUCAGGAUCUACAUUUAUGAACUCACUGACAAUUAAGGAGUAUGGAAUUCCUGUAUUUCAAACACUGACAUUGUUAAUUGUGUUUACUCUGGUUGGUUUUCUCUAAAGUUGUCUUGUGUAUGUGUAAAG